UUUGCAUGUACCUCGCCGACAGCUCUAGAUUCAGACGGCAACUAUCUGUCGUCAAACGAGACUUUGGAGCUGGCUCUGAGUCAGGAAACUUUUGACCGAUUAACAACUCGUUAUGGAUUCUCUCCUCAAGUGCAAGAAGCCUGGCGAUACAGAUCAUCAUCUGGCUGCGGUGCCCGAAAAAUAGAAUACGAUGACAGCAGCGGCGAGAUCAAGUCUUUAGUUCUUGUCAUGUCCAUUCGACUGUCUGGUAGCUUCGCAUCAGUCAUCGCGAUUAACCACGAUUUUCGCAAGAAAUGUACGGUCGUACUAGCCUUGCGCGUCAGUCCGUACGAUCAGACUCUUCUCCAGAAAGCACUAGAAUCACACCAAGACCUUGUGGGCCACCCCCUACUCAUACCUACUAUGGUCGUCGAGAUCAGCCUUGCGACAAAUAUGCUUUAUAUGCAGAAAAUUCGGCACGAAUUAAGCGUCAUUGAAAAGGCAACCGGACAGCAUGCUUGGCUCCAGAUUCCCGCCGCCGAUGCUCCCGCGCACGACAGUGAACUGUCAAGACUGGGGCACGCUGUCAAGAUUCAUAUCUCUCUUUCACGCCGACGACUCGAUUCGAUUAAGUGUUGGCUGGAGCUGAUCAAGAAAAGUCUCAAGGACCUUGAACAGCCCAUCAGUAACUCCUUCGUGCGCACCGCAGGACCAAAACAUGAAUAUGAGCAAUGGAUGGGCAACGUAGAGCUCUUAGUCCAGUUUCGUCAGGUUGAUCUAUGUUAUAGCGAUCGCAGAGCCGACAAUCAAGUUACAGCCGUAGGCUCCCCAACCCCUAAAUUCAGAAUCGAAAUUUAUGGCCUUCUGAGCCAACGAGAUAAUAUGGUGGGAGUAUCGGUUGCCAUCGAAUCCAAGAAAAUAUCAGAAGCAUCAAAACGUGACGGAUCAGCCCUGAAAUCACUUACUGUCCUCACGGCCCUUUUCUUCCCCGCAACGUAUAUUGCUACUCUCUUCACGCUUCCCAACUUUGCAGGGACCCCUUUUUGGCUGUACUGGGCGGUUGCUAUCCCCCUGACGCUAGUUAUAUUCGGCUCGUGGGCUUCCUGGACUUUCUACCGACAGCACCAGAUUGCGCAGGAAACAACCGCGCGUAAUAUCGAUCAGGAUAUUGAGCUUGAUCCUGAGCGCGCUUUC